GUAUCCCCCCUCCCCUCGCUCUCUCUCUCUCUCUCACACACAACCAUAUUUAUACUUUAAACGGAGUGGGCAUAUAAUAUUAUGUCAAUGAAAAUAUCAAUUGCUCAUUGAAUCAUUAUGGAACAGCUUGUGAAUUUCGUUAUAAGACCACCCAGAGCUGAGUAUGACCCAAAGAAUGAUUUGCUAGAUGAAGAAUUCAUGCUAAAAGGGAAGUGGUUCCAACGGAAAGAUUUGGAGGUUAAAAACAUUAGGGGUGAUACCCUGAAAUGUAGCCAUUACAUGCCUAUCAUAUAUCUUGAAGAAAAGCCACUUCCGUGUGUAAUCUACUGUCAUGGAAACAGUGGUUGUAGAGCAGAUGCCAGCGAAGCUGCUAUUAUAUUAUUGCCAUUAAAUAUUACUGUAUUCACCCUUGACUUCUCUGGAUCUGGACUGUCUGAUGGAGAGCAUGUUACUUUGGGAUGGAAUGAAAGGGAUGACCUUAAAGCUGUUGUUGAAUACCUACGGCAAGAUGGAAAUGUUUCUUUAAUUGGUUUGUGGGGUAGAUCAAUGGGUGCUGUUACAAGCUUGAUGUAUGGAGCUGAUGAUCCUUCUAUAGCCGGCAUGGUUUUGGACAGCCCUUUCUCUGAUUUGGUUCAUUUGAUGAUGGAACUUGUUGACACCUACAAAAUACGGCUCCCCAAGUUCACAGUUAAGUUUGCCAUUCAAUACAUGAGGAAAGCAGUUCUUAAGAAGGCAAAGUUUGACAUAACAUUGUUGAACACUAUCAAGGUUGCAAAAACUUGUUUUGUGCCUGUCUUGAUUGGUCAUGCUUGUGAUGAUGAUUUUAUACGACCACAUCAUUCUGAUCGUGUGUUUGAAGCAUAUAUGGGGGACAAGAAUAUUAUCAAAUUUGAGGGUGAUCACAACUCUCCACGCCCACAGUUCUAUUUUGAUUCUAUUAGUAUCUUUUUCAACAAUGUUUUACAGCCUCCUGAUGACGAAUUAGGGAAUACAUAUUUCGAUGCGUCACUAAACUUUUUUGGCAAGAGUAGUCGGAGUAGCAUGCAUGAAGUAGGAUCUCCUGAGGAUGUUUCAACAACCACUGUAGGUGCAGCGGAGAGGAGCACCGAGGAUUGCAUUAAGCACCUUCGCUCCAAAAGGCCUAUGAGUAAGACAGAGGUACCGGCAAACAUUGGUUCAAAGGAUAAACAAUAUGAAGACAAGGUGUUCUCUCUAGCUUCACAUUUUUCUUUUUAGCGAAACUAUUCCUUUUGUUCAUAUUGAUUUUCAACAUAUAAUUUUGAAGACUAUUACAAUGUUUUUAUAUGGAUAAAACAAUGGAGGACAUUAAUAUAUGUUCAUAUACCAAGCAGGAGCAUGAGAAAU